AUGUCCACAGACCCCGUAAAGCUCCUCCAAAGCAAUAAUGACGGGCUACCAGCAACCCGCCCGGACUCCCAAAUCGACCAAGCCGUCGCCGUCAAAUACUGGAGCGACAAACCCGCAACAGUGAACGGCAUGCUUGGCGGCUACGCCCAGGUCUCGCGGACCGACCUGCGCGGAUCCCGGAACUUUCUCGCAAAGGCCCGUCGAUUAGUUCCCGGAUGUCCGGUGACUGGGAAGCUCAAGCGUGGCGUGGAUUGCGGAGCUGGGAUCGGACGCGUGAUUAAUGAUUUUCUGGGCCAGGAGUGCGAAAUUGUUGAUGCCGUUGAGCCGGUGGAGAAGUUUUCCCGGGUACUGAGUGAAAGGCGGCUGACGAGGAAUUGUGCCCUUGGGGAGGUGCUGACUAUUGGUAUUGAGGAUUGGGUUCCUGGGGUUAAGGUUUAUGAUCUUAUUUGGGCGCAGUGGAGUGUUCCUUAUCUGACGGAUGCGCAGUUGGUGGAGUAUUUGGUGCGGUGUCGCGGUGCUUUGACUGAUGUUGGGCUUAUGGUUAUUAAAGAGAAUAUCUCUGAGGAGCCGGAGGGGGAUAUCUAUGAUGAGUCGGAGAGCAGUGUGACGAGGACUGAUGAGAAGCUACGCAGACUGUUCAAAGAAGCUGGAAUGCAGCUGAUCUUGUCGGAGGUACAAUCGGGCUUUCCUCGACAGUUGAGGCUUUUGCCUGUCAUAUCUUAUGCGUUACGGCCGAGGAUCUAG